AUUACAAAUGAUCACCCUGAUCAAAGUUCCUCCACGGCCGCUUUCUUGGUGGGCAUUUUUGUUAUUGUUCGGUUCAACAUGGGCUCUGGAAGUAGUUUAAGAAAAACUGCUCUUCUGAUUGGAGUUGUUCUUGUUUUAAAGGUGCAGGCUGCUCCGACAUUGACCGAAGAUGAAGCAGAUGCUGGUGAACUCAGGGAUGACAUUCUGGAAAUUAACAGAGGACUGACAGAUCUGUUUGAGGGAGACAUUGCUGUCAAUCCAAAAAGAAACGCAAUCCUUGACGAAACAAGAAGAUGGAAGUUCCCCAUACCUUACAUCUUAACUGAUUCCUUAGAUUUAAAUGCUAAGGGUGUGAUCCUUCAAGCAUUUGAGGAAUACCGCUUGAGAUCCUGCGUGGACUUUAAACCCUAUGAGGGAGAGUCCACCUACAUAUCCUUCGUCAAGCUCUCUGGCUGCUGGUCAUAUGUUGGAGAUGAUGGAACAGGCCAGAACGUGUCCAUUGGAGCCAGGUGUGACACCAAGGCUAUAGUGGAACAUGAGCUUCUCCAUGCUUUGGGCUUCUACCAUGAGCAGUCUCGCUCAGACAGAGAUGACUAUGUCAAAAUCUGGUGGGAUGAGAUUGAAGAAGGAAAGGAGCACAAUUUCGUGAAAUAUGAGGACGAUUUCAUCACUGAUCUGAACACCCCGUAUGAUUAUGAGUCCAUCAUGCAUUACAGACCGUUGUCCUUUAACAAGAAUGAAAGCAUCCCCACAAUUACAACCACCAUACCAUACUUCAAUGAUGUCAUUGGUCAGCGGCUGGACUUCAGUGAAGUAGACAUCACCAGGCUUAACCGCAUGUAUGACUGUGCUGAAACACAUACUCUCUUGGAUCAGUGCUCCUUUGAGCUCAUAAACAUUUGUGGAAUGAUCCAGAAUGAGGAGGACAAUGCAGACUGGGUCCAGACGUUGAGCAGUCCAAGUAAUGAAGAUCAUACCCUGGGAGGACGUUGCAGAGAUUCUGGCUACUUUAUGAAGUUUGACACAUCUUCUGGUGCAGCCGGCAGCAGUGCCUUGCUGGAGUCACGUAUCCUCUAUCCGAAGAGAGGCGAACAGUGCCUCCAGUUCUUCUACAAGAUGACAGGAGCGGCUGGGGACAAACUGGUGAUAUGGAUCAGAAGUGAUGACGGGACAGGGGCUGUGAACACUGUCACAAAGAUCCACACCAUUACAGGUGAUGGAGAUGAUGCCUGGAAAAUAGCUCAUGUAACUCUCAAAGCCUCCAAAAAGUUCCGUUACAUCUUCCAAGGAAUCAGAGGAUCAUCCGGCUCCACGGGCGCCAUCUUACUCGAUGACAUCACUCUCACUGAGACUGUGUGCCCCAGUCUUGUCUGGCAAAUCCACAACUUCACCGGUGUUCUUGCCACCACUCCCCUCGGCACGCCUGUUAAAAGCAAAUGCGUUUAUAGCUCGGAGGGCUACUCAUUUGGAGUCAGCGUUUACCCCAAUGGAAGACAAAGUGAUUACCCGGAUUAUGCUGCCGUGACCGUGCAUCUCUGCAGUGGGGAAAACGACGGAGUGAUGCAGUGGCCAGCCGAAAACAGGCAGGCCACCGUUGUGAUGCUGGAUCAGGAUCCAGAUGUUACGCUGAGGAUGUCUUCCACGAGAAGCUUCACCACAGACAACAGUACUCGCUGGAACAAGCCGACUGCCACGUCAGGAGCAGUCUGGGACGAGAGCUGCCAGUGCUACAGAGGUCAAGAUUACGGUUGGAGCACGUUCAUUUCUCACAGCCAUCUACAGCGGAGGAGCUUCCUUAAGAAUGAUGACCUCAUCAUAACUGCUGAUUUCAACGAUUUGACCCACUUGAUCAAUACGGAAGUACCAGUCAAACACGCCGAGCUCACAGACCAAAAGGAAGACCCUGAAGUGGCAAUGAGACAGGAAGCCCCAAAGCACAGGGAGGCACGUGCUGCUAGUCCCUGCCACCCUAACCCUUGUUUAAAUGGAGGCGCAUGUGUGGAGGCUGCUGGGGAAGCCUCGUGCAGGUGUGCAACAACCCAGGCCACCUUCUACACUGGUCCUAGGUGUGAGGAGGUGAAAAUAGACAGAGGCAUCCUGGGAGCUCUCAUCGGCGGUGCAGCAGGAACGGUGGUUCUAACACUGGCCAUCUUCACUGUCAUCAGAAGAGCUCGAACUAACCCAUUUUAGACGGUUUAUGGGUUUUCAUUUAGCACAAGAAAAAUAUGGGCCAGUACUUGAAUAUUCUAUAAACAAAUGUGUUUUAUGCUCUAAAAGUGAAGCAUUCCAUUUUGUGUGCAAUAGGUUAAAAAAAGUAAAUAAAUCCUGUUGCAACAUUGGCUUUCACAAACUAAUUAGCUUAAUUACUAUUAUGACAGUAACUGCAUGCAGCCACAUUAACAGAUGGGACCAAUAAAAUUAUACAACUGAG